AUGGCUGAAGCUCAUGAAGCAGUUGCCUUUUCAUUUGCUGUUGGUCCUGGAGGUUUCAAUGUCGAUCUACGCUAUGAUGUUUUUAAAGAUUGGUACUUUUCUUGUUUACGUUCUUGGCGAUUAAGUUGUCAUCGUACGCUGAAUUCACUUCACAAUUUCUUAUAUCCGGGUCAUCCGAUUCGUGGUCUGAUUUGUUGUGGCGCCAUUCCAGCACUGUACUUCAAAGGCUAUGAUCCAUCAUUCGGUGUUAUUACUUGGCUGGAAGAACACAUUUUUCGACGUUAUUUUCAAUCGAAAAAUGCCACAAUUCUUGCUUGUGUCACCUUCGCUGCUGGUGCAUACAUUUGUGUUAUACAAAUUCGACAAUAUACCUUGAAAGCCUUGUUUUCUUAUCAUGGCUGGAUGUAUCAAAAGCAUGGUCAAAGUGUUGGUCUGAUGCCAAAACUUUGGAUGGGUCUCGUUAAAUUAUUUGUCGGUCGAAAUCCAUCUUUGUAUUCAUGUCAAAGUGUUCUACCAACCUUACCGUUGCCAAGUUUAGAUGAUACAUUACAACGCUACUUAAGAACAGUUCGACCACUCUACAAUGACGAAGAAUAUCAACGUGUAGAAAAAUUAGCAAAUGAAUUCAAACAAACCAUUGGACGCAAACUACAACGAUAUCUUUGGUUCAAAUGGUUUUUCUCAUCGAAUUAUAUAACUGAUUGGUGGGAAAAAUUUGUUUAUCUUCGCGGUCGAUCACCAAUAAUGGUGAACAGUAAUUUCUACUGUCUCGAUGCAGUUUUCGAUCGUUCGACAAUGAAACAAACAGCACGUGCUGCUAACAUAGUUUAUGCGGCAUUCAAGUAUCGUACUGAAUUGGAACUUCAACAAAUGAAACCGAGCAUGAGUCCCAAAUUCGAUGACUACGCGCGAGCGAUGCUUCAUGGCAAAGGUUAUGAUCGUUGGUUCGAUAAAUCGUUUAAUUUUGUAGUCGGCAAAAAUGCAGUAUUCGGUUUCAAUGCAGAACAUAGUUGGGCUGAUGCACCCGUAUGUGGACAUAUGGCCGAAUAUAUUCUUUCGGAAGAUAUCAUUGUGUUAGGCUAUGAUGAAAAUGGCAAUACGCGCGGUAUUCCACGUUUCAAUGCUCUCCGACCAAUCAAACUUGAAUGGUGUAUUCCGGAUGCCGUAAGAAGCAUUGUUUUUAAACAAUUUCUUAUGUUAUGA